AUGGAUCAACUUGCAGCAGUCGAAAACAACGAUUCAGUGCUGCAUGACACUAUUACUGCUACCGAGUAUUUAGAGCAGCAGGAGGAGCUUGAAAAAGAUGCCGCAGAGGCACUUCCAUACGAUUUUUCAGUGUGUUCUUACUCUCGAGGAUAUGUACUGCAAAAGGUGUAUUCUUGUAAAACCUGUGCCGUAGAUGCUGGACAAUUCGUUGGUGUUUGCUAUGGCUGCUUCGUAUCGUGCCAUACUACUCAUGAAGUAGUUGAGCUGUUUCAACGCAGACAUUUUAGAUGCGAUUGUGGCACGAAAUGCAUCAAAGGAACUCCGUGCAUGUUAGAUCCGCCAGGUCUACAGCAAGAAAAGUCUAUUCAGUCCAAUGUUGAAAACCGGUAUAAUCGAAAUUUCGAUGGAGUGUUUUGCGUGUGUUUGGAACCAUACAAUCCAGAAGUGGAAACACGCACCAUGUUUCAAUGCGUUAUAUGUGAAGAUUGGUUCCAUGAUGAAUGUGUUUCCAAGGUUCCUGAUGAAGAUGCUUUUGAAGAGUUUCUCUGUAAAGCAUGUGUUGUAAAACACCCAUUUCUUCAACGGUACAUGCAUGACCCGAAAAUGUUUUGUCAGGUUGAAUCUGACAAAACAAAAACAGUGGACGAUUCUACUCCCACAUUCAAUGAGAACGGAAAACGUAAACUGGCCAUGCCAGCCACUCAAGUUGAUGUCCUCACAGACCUAUCCAAGGUUGAAGAGGAUGUUAAUGUUGAAUCAGACAGCAUACAAAACUGUAUUAUGCUGCCUAUAAAGCUUGAAUGCGUUCCAACACAUCUUUUUGCGCUAACCAACUGGCAUGAGAGGUUAUGCCACUGCACUGAUUGUAUGGACAUGUACGAACGUGAGCAAUUAAGUUUUUUGUUUGAAACUUUGGAGGAAUUCACAACUGAAAAGGAUAGUGAUGCAGGACGGUCAUUAUUGGAUGUUGGCAUGGAGCGCCUUGGCCAAAUUGAUUGUGUCAAGGCAAUAAAUGGUGUACAUAUCUACAACAAAUUCAAAGACAACUUGAUGGCAUAUUUGCGAGAAUUCGGUGAACGUGGCCAAGUAGUUACCAAGAAAGAUGUCGAAAUUUUCUUUCAGAAGCAGCAGGAAAUACAACACGCCAAGAAACGAGCAAGAAUAUGAGCUCAGUUUGAUCUUGAUAGUAUUUGACAAUUACAAUGUGUUUUCAAUGAAAAAUAAAUCUGUAAUUUAUUACAA